AGUCGCUCCAUGUGGGCUUCAGUGACCAGCAGCAGCGAUGAAGUUAUAGAGCCUGAUUACACAAGUAUAGAGCAACUCUUCUGUGUUUCACAAACAAGCCCCAAGGAGACAGCAGUACCCAAAAUAAAGGAACCAAAAGAGAUCACAUUUAUAGAUAUGAAGAAAAGCCUCCUCUUGAACAUAUUUUUGAAGCAAUUUAAAUGUCUUUCCUGCAGCUCAAAUGAGGAGGUUGCUAACAUGAUUGAGAAAGGGGACAGGACCAAGUUUGAUGCUGACACUCUGAAGCAGCUAAUGAAGCUACUGCCUGAAAAGCAUGAGAUAGAGAACCUGAAAUCCUGCAAAGAAAAAGCAAAACUAGCAAAUGCAGACCAAUUUUAUCUCCUCCUCCUUGGGAUUACUAGCUACCAGUUGCGAAUUGAAUGUAUGCUGUUCUGUGAAGAGACAAGCAGUCUGUUGGAUUUGCUAUGGCCUGAAGCACAAAUGGUCAGGAGAGCCUGUGAAACACUUCUUACCAGUCACCGGCUGCCCAUUUUCUGUCAGUUGAUUCUUAAAGUUGGAAACUUUCUGAACUAUGGGCGUCACACUGGAGAUGCUGGUGGUUUUAAAAUUAACACUUUGCUCAAACUAACUGAAAUCAAAGCGAACCAAACUCCUAUUACUCUGCUCCACCAUAUUUUGGAGGAAGUUGAAAAAAACCACACGGAUCUACUACAGCUUCCCAAUGACCUUGAAUGUGUUUCAAAGGCAGAAGGAACCAACUUUGAAGUUAUGAAGGCAGAGGCAGAUGCCCAUUUAAAGAAACUUUUGAAAAUUGAGCAUAACAUGUCAUCAAUAGAUGAUUUAAAAGCACAGUAUGGAAAAUCUAUUCAAGGCCAUAUAAACGGUUUGAAGGAACUGGAGGAGGAGCUUGCCGCCAUUAAAAAGAAGAAGGCAGAACUUGCGGACUACCUCUGUGAAGAUCGAAACAAAUUGUCAUUACAAGAUGUGUUUAACACAAUGAAAACCUUCAGGGAUUUAUUUAUCAAGGCACUAAAGGAAAACCAAGAAAGGAAGGAACAAGCUACAAAGGCAGAGAAAAGAAAGAAACUGCUUGAAGAGGAGGAAGCUAAGCGGCAAAAAGGAGAAUAUGGAAAUAUCAUUCAAAAAGGAGAUGUGAGACCAGAAGCAUGUGUCACUGAUGCCUUAUUAGUAGAUAUAAGGAAAGGCUUUCAGCUAUGGAAAACUACUAGGAACAAGUCUGAGCCAGAAAUUGUUCCCAAAACCUCACCUACUGAAACUGCUUCUGUUACUUCAGCUUCCAUUACCUGAAGUUACCAGACAGUUACAUUGUUGAAGUGCAUCACACCAGCUUGCUUCAAGGAACUAGUCUAUAUAUUAUGUGUGCGAGAUGCUGAAAUAUUUGUUUUGCUUUAGUUAAUCAAGGGAGAAAGAUGAGCUUAUUUUAAUGAAAACAUGCAUAUGUGCACUUUCCUAUUAUUUCUUUUGUGCCUUAUUAGUUAGAAUUUUAUAUGAACUAAUUUAAUUACAUGUCUUGUAUUGCCAAUAUUGAAAAGAAUGUCUUUCAUAUCGGACUGUCUAAUGACAAGUGUAAGCAACACACAUCUGGUGGUAACUUAUAUUCAACUUAUUUUUAUACAAAAACUAGUAGCAGAAAGUAGAAUUCCAUUAAAUUGAUGAAAAGCAAUACAGAGUUCAACGUAUGGUACAGAAGUUCCACUGAAUUAUAAGGGCCUAUUCUGACAUCUUUGUGCUCUCAAACCAGUCACUGACUUCUAGAGCUGCAGAAGCAAACCCCAAAACCAGUUUCUUAAGCAGUGUUAAUUUUUUAAUGAGGGCCGAAUUCUGCAGCCCUUAGGCAAAAUUCCAAUUGUCUUCAGCAAGAAAGGACUUCAGCUUUUGUUCCUUAAAUAAUAAGCUCACAGAUGUCAAAAUGGUCCGUAUCAAUUGGAGAAGUGUGACUAAUUGCCCACCCUUAUCUACUACUUACAAUGGUGGAAGAAUCCAAGCUGCAAGUGAAACCAGUUGAAGGGAAAUGUAGUUUUGUUGUUUGCUUCUUGUUUCCUCUUUGAUCAUUGAUUUGCAGUGAUAAAGUGUAGUGUGGUGAAAAAGUACAAAGAAUAGGCUGCAGGAAACAAGACACAGAAACUGAGUGUCUGAUAAUUAGUACUUUGAAAUAUAAUGUAAAAUAGAAUCUUGACUGUUUAUUAAUGGAGCAUUGUUUAAAAAUAGGUAUACAUUGUAUUGUU